AAAAAAUGCCAGAGACACUCGAAGGCGGCACUCGUCACUCCGCCGGCUCUGUCGCCAUAGCAACGUUCACCAAACCGACCGGUCCCUUUGUCUUCAUCGUCACUACAACAUUAAACGUCAACAGUUUCUGAAAGAAACUUGUGUUCGGCCUUUUCUCAGUAUGGAGGACGUUAAUAAAGACCCAGAAGAGGAGUCUGAACCUUCUCUGUUGGCUGAAAAUCAAGAGCCAAGGAGCAUGGUCUCCACACAGGAUACUGGAGAAGACCCCAUUGGGCAGGUCCAUGAGAAGUUCAGUGAGGCUCCUUCAGAGAGCCAGUCUCCGGUGGAGGAGGAGGAGGAGGAGGAGGAGGAGGUGGUGGGAGAGGAAAGUGAAAAGCUAAUCCUUCCUCAAAGGAUGGUCAACCUGCAGAGAGAUUUGACGACGUUAGUAAGCAACGUCCAAACCGCAGCUGACGCCAAAGAGUCCAUGCGAAGAACAGAGCUGGAGGACUCCAGGAGAAUUUGGUCAGAGCGGCUCGAGAACGAUGUCAAGUCUAGUCAGAAAAUAUUUCAGGAAAUCACCAGAGGCUGGUCCAAGGCCAAGCAGAGGGUGAUCCCUCAGGAGCUCCAAGAGGCCAUGAACAACCAGCAGCAGUUAUGUGCUGCUGUCAUCAAAGACAAGCAAAAACUGCUGAAUGACCUGCAACAGGAGCUGAAAGUGAGAGAUGAUCAUUUUGUAAAGGACUUGAGGAAGCAGGAAGAGAAUCUGGAUCUGACUAUGGAGAGGAUUGAGGAUCAGAUCCAAACUAUGACACUGUCCUACAAGGAGGAGCUGGCCCAGAUAUUGAGAGUCAAUCAGCAGGAAACAGAAGUCUUUCUCACGAAAGAGCAGGCUGACUGGCAACAACGCUUGAAGUUACUCAGUGACCAAGAGCAUGAAAGGUUGAUGAAGUGGAAGAAAUCCGUGGAGGAGUUUGAAGUAAUUGAUCGCUCUCAGAUAAUGGUGGCUAUGGAAAAUGACAGGUGUGGCAUGACAAAACGCGCUGCGACUGCUCAGGCUCUGGAGAGAGAACAACAACAGAAAAAGGCCACCAAAGUGAUCGCUGCUUUAAAACUGAAGGAGCCAGAGGUUACGCCGGUGGAGCACAGACGUGAUCUGAAGCAGUUGAAGAAAACGGUCGACAGUCUGCAGAAAGAGAUUAAAAUCCUGCGUCGUAGUGCUUCCACUCAGGAACAAGAGUUUCGAGAAAAAACACUGCGUAUAUCCAAGGACCACAAACGCAGCAUCGAGGAAUACGAAACCAUCAAGAGGAGAAUCAAGCACUUUGCCCGCGCGGACGCCAGACGAUACGAGGACAUGCGGCUUAUGGUCGACGAGGAGGUGAAGCAACUGGCGGACAGGGCUUUGGUCGUUGACUCGCAGAUCUGCGAGCAGGUCCUGGGUAUCUCCUGGGAGCGACCUCUCAUGGAAUUGGUGGAGCUCUCUGGUCCCGCCCGGCCUCUGGGGCGAGCCUCGCUGUGGCCGGAGGCCGCCAGCGAGGGAGAAGGGGGACCGGUGCGGAGCGAGAGGGAUGCCGAGGCGGAGGAAGGGAAGAUUUCGACCGCGACGCUGAAAAAUGUGCUGGAGCUGCUGUGUGACAAGGCGGGCUUCCUGGUGGAGAAUAAACUGCUGAAGCUGCUGGCUCCCCUGGAGGAGGAGGAACAGACCGUUGUGAAGCUGGCCUCUCUGCUUUGUUCGUUCGGCCUCGAAGAGGAGGACGUGCCCAAGUUGGCGGAGUUCUUAUUGAAGUACAGACAUCAGCAGAGAGAUCAGACUGAGGUCAGGAGGCCCGUGGAGCAGAAUAAAUAUGGCCCAGGGUCUUUGACACCCAAGAGGGUUGUAGGUGAUACUCUUUUCUGCCUGCAGGAUGUUUGCGGUGAAUCCGGCGUCACGGCAGAGGACACGGAAACCAAGUCUACGACUCAUUUGACCUCUGAAAUUGAUCCUAACCAUAUUAUACACGCUCUAAAAAUGUUCCUUGAGCAGCGCCUGAAGUCCAGGGAGAGCCCAGCCAGCCUGAAUAAAAUAACCAGGGACGAUUCAGAGGAGGAAGCCCACUGGGAAAGAAUGGGCAAUAUAAUCUCUGAAGACAAAGUGAAACUCUGGGAGCCUGCAGAGAAGGCGCUAAAGCAGUACCUGUCUGUCCUGACAGACAUCGCUGAGGUCGUCCCUGAGAUUCAGAGUUUGGAGGAAGAGAACAGGGAGCUGCGGAUGUUGCUGCAACAGCCUUUCCUAUAGCUGUAGUAUAGAAGAAAAAAAAGGCUAAUGUUUGAAAGGUUUAUAUUCCCUGUAAAAUAAACUUAUGAGGAUGCAGUUUCUAUUUUACUUUAAAAUGCUAUACACACACAAUACGGUGGGUUUUAUCCAGCUGUGCAAGAGCUUAUGAGUGGACACACUAUUUACAUUGCAACACCACAAAUUUGGCAUGCUAUUUUGAUGACAUAUAUCACAAUGCUCAUAUGCACACUAUUGGCAUUUAAAAAAGACACGCUACAAUGAUGUCAACAUUAUUUCUUUCAAUAAAACGUAAAUGAAAAUUAAGUUAAUGUUGGUUAAAGCGUUUCAUUCAGCUGGUUUUAGAACACUUUGUUCUUUGGUUACAUUUUCUUAAGCUAAUGUUAACCUGCAUAGCACCUUAAUUACUGCAAAUGAAAGGUGACUAGCCCCAAAUGUUUAAGGACAUCCAAUCGUAAUAAAAUAGCUGAACUUUACAUCCUCAACCAGGUGAAAAUGAGGAACAUGCACGUGUUCUCAAUGAAGCCUAACAUCUGGAGAGAGCGACAGUUCCCACAAUAGAGAACG